GCUGACAUUACACUCACUCGCUCCUCUGUGGAAAAACUCGGCGUCAGUCAAUGUUUGCGGAGAGGAAACUUUCUUCCUUUGACGGCGCGCAGUCGACGAGAUUUGCAGCUUUCCCAAGCAUACACCGCUCCGUCUGUUUGGAUUACUGGCAUCCGCGACUCCAAAAACAUAAUCCGCAAAGCUUUUCGGAAGGUGGAUUUGUGCGGUUCCCCACAAUUUGUGCGUGACAACUGUAUUCAAGUGCCCGCGGCUUCCGGAUAUAUCACUGUUUUUGCUGUAUCUCUCGCACGAGAGCACAGUUUGCGGAUUUUCCCUCUUUACGCCGUUUAACUCGCUUUAAAUCGCAUAUUGGUUUAAUUCAUCUUAAAUGUCAGCACCAGCAUGAAGACACGCACGUAAGAGUGGAGAUUUUCCCUGAUGAAAGGAGUCGAGCGUUCAGCUCGAGUUCACUAGGGUCACUUCCGGAUGAUGACAGUAAACAUGGAUGGCGGUCUCCAAAAUGGACCCGGACAGCACAAGAACUCACAAGAUGACGAAGAGGCGCUCACCUCCAUAAUGAAGGACCUGGCAGCUUUACGCUUCUGUUACCAGCUCAAGAGCAGCAACAACAGCAACAAGCCCAAGAGCAGAACCCCAUCCUACAGACAGGAUUUGCGGGUGAAGCUGGAGCAUGAGCGAGAGAAACGAAUCAUUCCAUUCCAAAGGCCGCUGAAGUUCAAAGAUCUGCUUCAGAAAGUGACGGAGGCCUUCGGCCAGCAAAUGGACCUAUACUACACUGAUAAAGAGAUGUUGGUGGCUCUGAAGUGUCAGGAGGAUUUGGACCGAGCGGUUCAGGGAUUGAACUCCAGCUCUGCAAUGAACAACCUACUGCGAGUGAUUCUGAAAACACCUCCCAACAACCAAUUCCUUCAGGUGAGCGGCCAAGACAAGCAGAGCGAGAUGAGGUCAUCCAGGUCCCUGGGAGAUCUCAAAGCCUCGGUUCUCAAAGGCUCCGAACGAGUGCGCAAACACUCUACAGGAUCUCUCAACACGGGCCGCACCUCACCCCCUCCGGGCAGCGUACCAGAAGAACAACAGCAGAUCGCUCGGCAGGGGUCCUACACCAGCAUCCACAGCGAAGGAGAGUUCAUCCCAGAAACGCUCGACUCCAAUAUUAUGGAGCCGUUCGGGAGUGCGAAUGGGUCACUUUCCAGCAGCUGUCAGUCACUGGACCAAGCGUUGGACAGCCCGCCAUUCUCCCAGAACAACCGGGACAACAAUUACCUGAACCUCAACUAUGAAUACAAAGGGCGUCACGGGAAACACGGGACCUUCCCACGCCAGUUCCACAUGUCCAGUCGCAGUAAAGACUACGGCGACGGUCGAAGGACCUUCCCUCGAAGCUUUAUGCCUCAGGAGAACCUGUUUCAGCUGGUCCCGUCCAGCCGUACACGCAGCUACAAUGGAGAAAGCACCUUGCUGUACAGUGGAGAUCUGCACUCCAUCAGCUGGACUGAGAAAAACAGCCAACGCAACACUCCUAAAUCCCCAAGGGCUCCUGUAAACUGGCGUCAGGGGAAACUGCUCGGUCGGGGAGCGUUUGGCGAGGUCUACCUCUGCUACGAUGUUGACACGGGGCGCGAGCUGGCGGCCAAGCAGGUGCCCUUUGACCCUGAGUGUCAGGAGACCAGCAAGGAAGUGAACGCACUGGAGUGUGAGAUUCAGCUCUUGAAGAAUCUGCGGCAUGACCGUAUAGUGCAGUACUACGGCUGCUUGCGUGAUCCGGUGCAGAAAAAGCUGUCCAUCUUUGUGGAAUUCAUGCCUGGGGGCUCUAUUAAAGACCAGCUGAAGGCGUACGGAGCGCUGACUGAAAAAGUCACCCGCAGAUACACCCGACAGAUCCUACAGGGAGUCCACUAUUUGCACAGCAACAUGAUCGUACACAGAGACAUCAAAGGCGCUAACAUUCUGAGGGACUCCUCGGGAAAUGUGAAGCUGGGAGAUUUCGGGGCUAGCAAGCGCAUUCAAACCAUCUGCAUGUCCGGGACGGGAAUCAAAUCGGUCACCGGCACCCCCUACUGGAUGAGUCCGGAAGUCAUUAAUGGAGAAGGCUACGGACGCAAAGCAGAUAUCUGGAGUGUUGCCUGCACGGUUGUAGAGAUGCUAACCCAAAAGCCCCCAUGGGCUGAAUAUGAAGCAAUGGCAGCCAUUUUCAAGAUCGCAACCCAGCCGACUAAGCCAAACCUGCCCGAGGGCGUGUCCGACGCGUGCAGGGACUUCCUGCGGCAGAUCUUUGUGGAAGAGAAAUGGCGGCCCACUGCCGAGGGGCUUCUCAGCCACCCUUUUGUCCAGGGCAGCUUCUGAUCCUACAGAUCUGAGAUCUCUCUGGAAUCCCCAGGGAAGACCACACACCUGCCCGCGGACAAUCACCACUCUGCCUUCCAGGGUCCGGAGAAACCCACCAACCAGCCAACUAAGAACAAACGUGACCAUAACGAGGGGGCGUGUAUCUCCCCAACGCAGCUCAACAAAUAUCAUAAGAGGGAAAGUAUGGACAGCAAAAACCUUUGAAGCACUUCCCAUAUUGUUAGUCAGAGUCAAAGCCCUGUCCCAAAUGACGCACUUGACUUGAGACCGCAAGGUGUCCCAUUUCUUAUUUCAUGAGCUACACACUCCGUUUGCUAAAUAGACCCUUCUCACAUUUUCAGGGUUUCUCAGAAGUAGGAGUUGUCAUAGUUGGGUAGACUUACACAGAAAAUUAAUUUUGUGUUCCUGUUAGCUCCAAAAGCAAAAGAAAAACCAUGAUAGCAUUUCCACGACUUUCCAAAAGAGGAAAAAAAUAGAGAGAUUAAUUAUAGCAGUCAGAAGAAAGAAAUGACGUCAGAUGUCAGCAGUGUUUAUUCAUUUUUUUUUGUAAUUUACUGUCAAGGUAAUAUAAAAAUUAUAGCACUAUAAAUGUAUAUUAGUUUAUUUAAAAUGAAAAAACUUUUUACUAGAUUUACAAUGUUGAUAACCAUGGAAACGUCAUCACAGUCUGAAAAGGGAUUGUUGUUUACAGCCCAAUAUUACUCAGCAUUCCUUGUGAUAAAUUGCAUAAACGUUUUUUUUUUUUUUUUUUUUUUUUUUUUUGCCAAUCCAUUAAUUUAUCCCCAAAAUAAAUUUUAAUUUAUCGAAUACAACUGUUUUAAUAAUUAAGACUCAUUAAAAUAUAAUUCAGUGUUUUGGGGAAAACACUACUUAGUAGUUAAGUAAGUAAUAAUGAUUUAUAAUAAUAAAUAGUGCUGUCAAACGAUUAAUCACAAUUAAUCACAUCCAAAAGUAAAAGCUUUUGUUUACAUAAUAUAUGUACAGUAUAUACGACUGUGUAUAUUUAUUAUGUAUAUAAAUACACACGCAUAAAGAGUAUAUAUUUUGAAAAUAUUUACAUGUAUCUGUUUAUAUUCAUAAAUUUUAUUCAAAAUCAAAAUAACAUAAUUUUCUUAUAUAUACAUAUAUACAUGUAAUAAUUAGUACUGUCAAAUCGAUCGAUUAAUCGCAAUAAAUCACAUUCAAAGUAAAAGUUUGUGUUUACAUAGUAUAUGUGUGCGAACUGUGUAUAUAUACACUACCGUUCAAAAGUUUGGGGUCAGUAAGACUUGUAAUAGUCUUUAAAGAAGUCUCUUAUGCUCAUCAAGGCUGCAUUUAUUUGAUUAAAAAUAUAGAAAAAAAAACAGUAAUACUGCAAAAUGUUUUUACAAUAUAAAAUAAUGUUUUUUAUUUUAGAAUUUAUUCCUGUGAUGAAAAGCUGAAUUUUUAUCAGCUGUUACUCCAGUCUUAAGUGUCACAUUGUCCUUCAGAAAUCAUUCUAAUAUGCGGAUUUAUUAUUAGAAUGAUCAGUGUUGGAUAAUAUCAACAGUUGUGCUGCCAAAUAUUUUUUGGAACCUGUGAUUUCUUUUUUUUUUUUUUUUUUUUCAGGAUUCUUUCAUGAAUAACAAGUUUAAAAAGUACAGUGUUUAUUCAAAAUAUAAAUAUUUUAUAACAAUGUAAAUUAUUUAUUAUUAACUUUUAAUAAACUUUUAAUUAUUAACUUAAUACAUCCUUGGUGAAUAAAAGUAUUAGUUUCUUAAAAAAAAAGAAAAAAAAAAGAAAAGAAACAAUAAAAAUGUACUGACCCCAAACUUUUGAACGGUAGUGUAUGUAUGUAGAAAUAAAUAAAUACAUGUAUACUAUAUAUGUGUGUGUGUAUAUGUAUAUAUAUAUAUAUAUAUAUAUAUAUACACACAAAUAUUUCUUAAAUAUAUACAUGUAUGUGUGUGUAUUUAUAUAUACAUAUAAAUAUAUACAGUACACACUACACACACAUAUUAUGUAAACACAAACUUUUAUUCUGGAUGCGAUUAAUCGUGAUUAAUCGUUAACUGUGAUUUGACAGCACUAAUAUAAUUCAUAUCCAAAAAUGUCCAAAGUUUUAUAAACUACAUUUUUCUUGUUCUUUAUUAUUGACACUCCUGUUUUUUUCAUUUGGGACAGAGCUUUGACUAGGGAUUGAUACAAUGCAGUCAAAGUGCCAACACUUCGUAUACUGCCACAGAUUGGCACAAAAAGUGUCACUGCCCAAACAAUACUGAUUACAGUAGCUUAGUUUACAUGCAUUACUGCCGGUUGACUUUAUCUGAUCCCCUGAUGCACUUGAAACCAGGCCAAGCGUUCUGAUGCGAUACGACAGGGGUUGCUGGACAAAUCACAAACGGUCUGAAUUUAUCACAAAUGUAUUAGUGUCCUUUUAAGGUGGUCUUUUGUUUUGCAGAAUUCAUUUGGUCAUAAAAGAGAGUUGAUUUUGAUUAUGGCUCAUGUACCUCUGUAUCCCUGGGUCCAAUCCUGAGUGUCGCUGAAAGUACAUAGUAAAGACCUCAUGGAGCAGUUAUGAUAUAUGUACUGUACAAUACUCGUUUGAGUAAUUUUUUUGUUAAGAUUACUGUGUUUGAUGGUUAGAAUCUAACCAAAUGAGAAUGACACAGAGUAAGACAUAUGCAACCACCAAAGUGGUAUGAGACAGAGAAAUGUGUCAUUUUUUCAUGUCUUUUCAGCUAAUGAAGACUGUAUAAACACAUUUUUUAUAUUAUGUAAAGUUUUAGUUAAAGCACUCUUUACCCAGAGAUAAUCACUGUAAAUACGUUCCCAUUGCACUCUUGGACUCAUGCAUAGAGCACAUAGGAUAAUCAGCUGAGAUAUUUUUAUACGUUUUUUAAAUUCACGUUUGGAAUGAAAUUACCAACUUUUUGUAUUAUUAUGAAAAAUACCCUAAAGUGUCAAAGCAAUAUUUCAGAGAAGACUACUACGGCUGGUGUGUUAGCAUUCUAGUACUGUCCACUCAGUCGAAUACAACCAAAGAGUGAGAUGCUUGAAUUAUGAAUUUGGUCACUUCAGAACUGCUCAGUGUUGCUGAAACAGUCUUGAUUUGUAACCUAAAUGGUGAGUUUUUUUCAUUUGUUGAAUCAAAUUGUUUGCUGAUGUGCAGAAAUGUCCCUGUCAUUGUGGAAAUGAACACAGAGCAACAAAAAUUGUAAAGCAAUAGUUCAGACAAAAAUUAAACUACAGAUUUGGAGAAAUUUAGCGUUGCUCAACAAUGGAUUCUCUGCAGUGAAUGGGUGCCGUCAGAAUGAGACCUGAUCACAGUAAUCCACAAGUAAUCCACACGAUUACCGUGAAGCAAAAAACUGCUGUGGAUUUGUAAUCCAUUGUUAAUAAGUUUUGGAUUCUCGUUGUGACGGCACCCAUUCAUUGCAGUGGAUCUAUUGGUGAGCAAGUGAUGCUAAAUUUCUCCAAAUCUGCUCUGAUGAAGAAACAAACUCCACAUGGAUGAGAUUUUUAGAUGAACUAUUCCGUUCGACAUUGUUUUAUAUGACAUUAUUUUCAUCUUGUCCAAAUGUAAAUGUCAAACUUUAAACAUUUGAUGCUAUGAUUGCUGUUUCAUGUUCUGAACUCAAGAAAUACACCAGCAGCAAUUCACGUUGCAAUUAGUGCCUUCUCUGAUGCCCUUAUUCUGAGAGGUCAGUCAUUUUAAAAACGUUUUAACAGUGGAAUGUGUUUUCUGAUGUCCUUCGGAUGGUUUCAGUAUCACGCAUUGAUUCUGUCAAGGACAUUUGCUGAUCUUUGAUUGUAUUGUAAAUACAUACUGUACCAAGCUGUCAUAAUGUUUCAUUAUAUUCAAA